UCCAGCAAAUGGUUCACAAAAUGUUGUCGGUUCGCUUCCUGUUAAUAGGGCUGCUCGCAGUGGUGACCUCCACCCAGGGAGCCAAUAUUCUGGGGCUCUUCAGCAGCCACAGUGCCUCGCAUCUGAUAAUCCAUAUGUCGACCGCAAAGGCCCUGGCCGAGGCUGGACACAAUGUGACGGUGGUGUCGAUGAUGAAGCCCAAGGUAACCCACAAGGACAUCCACCUGAUUGUGAUCCCAGUGACGAAGGAGCAAGAGCGCAUCAUAGAGGACCAAAUGGCCACCAUGGCCGGGCAAAAGAACUCCAUGUUUGGGACUUUCAGCCGGCUCCUGAACAGCAUGGAUGUGAUGAUCGAGAGCCAGGCUGAACUACUCUCCGAUCCAAGGUUCCAGCGAAUAUACGAGACCAAGUUUGAUCUGAUGAUAUUGGGCUAUUUCCUUAACGAUUUCCAACUGGCAGUAGCGGCCAAGCUAAACGUUCCUGUCAUCAUCGACUGGUUGGUGGCGCCCAACACCAUAACAGACAAGUUUACGGGCAAUCCCGCGGAGAUAUCCUACGUACCCAAUGCAGCCACCGUUGCAGCGCAUCCCAUGGGCUUCCUAAAACGAGUAGAGAACCUGGGCUACCACCUGCUGGAGCAGUUCAUGACUGGAUUACUUGAUGAUAAGAUGAACCAAGUUUAUAAGAAAACCUACGGUGGAGAUAAGAAUCUGCCAACACUGAAUGAGUUAAAGAAAAACAUAUCGAUUGUGUUCGCCGGUUCGCACUUAGUCAGCGAGGGACCGAUACGACCCCUGGUACCCGCCAUUAUUGAAACCGGCGGUAUCCAGGUGAAGGACAAGCCAGAUCCGCUGCCCAAGGACAUUGAUCAGUUCCUGAACAAGUCCACCCAGGGAGCUAUCUUCCUUUCCCUCGGCUCGAACAUCAAGAGCUCCAAGGUGAAGCCGGAAAUCGUGCAGACCAUGUUUAAGGUGCUGUCAGGACUCAAGCAGAACGUCAUCUGGAAAUGGGAGGACUUGGAGAACACACCAGGCAAUGUCUCCAAUAUACUUUAUAAAACCUGGCUGCCGCAGGACGAUAUUCUGGCGCAUCCGAACACCAAACUCUUCGUCACACAUGCCGGCAAGGGUGGCGUCACCGAAUCCCAGUACCAUGGAGUGCCCAUGGUGGCCUUGCCUAUUUUCGGGGAUCAACCCGGAAACGCCGCUGCCAUGGAACAACUGGGAUUCGGGGUGGCCCUAGAUCUGCUCACCAUAACUGAAGACGGUUUCAGACAAGCCCUGAAGGAGGUCCUGGGAAAUGAUAAGUACGGGCAAACUGUUCGGAGAUUCUCCAACCUGUACAGGGAUCGACCCCUCACUGCCAAACAAUCGGUGGUUUUCUGGACGGAGUACGUCCUGAGGCAUCGUGGAGCGCCCCACCUGCAAAGUCCUUCGAUGCAUAUGAACUUCAUUGAGCUCAACAAUCUGGAUGUCUACGCUCUUAUUUUAUCAAUCCUGGUCCUGUCUUUGCUCCUGGCCCGACUGGUUGGUAAAUUCCUUUGGGGACUAGUUGUCAAGUCUAAGAUUUCCGCAGCAAAAAAGGAGCAAUAA